AUGACUAAGGCCAAGAAGAUCCCAAUUUUUCUGUUAAGGGUCAUAGCCUUGGGUGCAACAGUAUCAGCCACUAUUGUCAUGGCCACAAGCCAUGACUCUGCACAAGUCUUGAACAUGACAUUCCAAGCAAAAUAUACCAAUUCACCAACAUUCAAGUACUUUGUGGUUGUAAAUGCGAUUGCAAGCGCCUAUAGCCUCAUAGUCCUUUUUCUUCCUUCCAAGAAUUUUCUUUGGCGUUUCAUGUUGGUUUUAGAUUUGAUUAUGACAUUGAUGCUUGUUUCAAGCAUAUCAGCAGCUUUGGGUGUAGCUCAGGUGGGGAAGAAAGGGAACAGUCAUGCUGGUUGGUUACCCAUCUGUGGCCAAGUUCCCAAGUUUUGUGAUCGUGUCACAGGAGCUCUUAUUGCUGGCUUUGUUGCUGCAAUUAUUUACUUUCUUCUUCUUCUUUACUCCCUUUACAGUUCACAAUGUCAUUAAUCUUCUCACUGUCAAAUCUUAGACAGGUCCUCUCCUAUAUAUCUAUAUAUGCGUACCCAGUGUACGAGACUUUUGUUAUUGCCGGAUAUGGGGAGGGUUAAAUGUACGCAUCCGUACCCCCACAAGCAAAGAGAUUGUUUUCAUGACUCGAAC